CCAUUGGCCGUGUGCGGCGGUGCCGGCUGCCGCUGCCGGCGCUGAUUGGCUGCUCGCCACAAAAGCGCGACUCCUUGGGCUGUGAGGAUGGCGGCGCCGGUGCGGCGGAGCGUGGUGUUCGUGACGGGCAACGCCAAAAAGCUGGAGGAGGUCACUCAGAUCCUCGGGGACUCCUGUCCGUACACGUUGGUGGCGAAGAAGAUUGACUUGCCGGAGUACCAGGGGGAGCCAGACGAGAUCUCCGUGCAGAAGUGCCGCGAAGCCGCCCGGCAGGUUCAGGCACCUGUUAUAGUAGAGGAUACCUGCUUGUGCUUCAAUGCCCUGGGGGGGCUUCCAGGACCUUACAUAAAAUGGUUCCUGGAGAAACUCAAACCAGAAGGCCUGUACAAGCUGCUGGCUGGGUUUGAAGACAAAUCUGCCUACGCUCUCUGUACCUUCGCGUUCAGCACUGGAAACCCAGACGAGCCAGUGAAGCUGUUCAAAGGCCAGACUCAUGGGCUGAUAGUGGAGCCCAGAGGCCCUCGAGAUUUUGGCUGGGAUCCCUGCUUUCAACCAGAUGGCUACAACCAGACAUACGCUGAACUGCCCAAAGCAGUGAAGAACUCCAUCUCGCACCGUUACAGAGCGCUGAGUGAGCUCUCUGCCUUCUUUCAUCAGAGCAACUCGACAGAGCCCCGCUCAGGCCCCAGCUAGCCUCCAUAGUUGCCCCGUGGCUCUCCCUGUCACACGCAGCCCUGGGGGAGCUCCGUUUCUCUGUGGGCUGAUAUUAAAGCUGCUCCUUUUGGAGCCACUGAUACCUUUU